UGUGUCUAAUUAUAGAUAUUUUGUAGUCAAUGAUGCCUGUAAAACAGCCAAAAAAAAAAGCUUUUAAGACUGCAGCAUAACAUAUUAAAAUGGCUGGCAGAGUUGUAUGCAAAUGUGUCUGCAUGCCGUGUGGAGCAGGAAAACGCAGUUAAACGAAGGGAAAAGCAGCUUGACAUUGACAUUGGAAGCGAGGCGAAGAGAGCGCCAGAAUGUCCAGAGCUUUGCAAGCUCUCUCACUGGACUAUAAAAGCCACAUCCUGGCGGGCCGAGGCUGCAUUUGCCCACGAAUCGCAACAGGGGCAGGACGAGCCCAGCUUUGAGUCGCGCUGAAAGUCAAACGGCACGCGUUAUCCUCGGUUAUUUGUGCCCCGAACUCCCGAUCUCCAUUCCAUUUUUAUUUUGGCUAACAUGCCUGGUCUGGAGGAGUGCCAUCCGAUGCGUAGAAUCGUUAGCCAGCUGGGUCAUCAUGUUCUGGACGGCGGUAGCCUCCUCCACGCUCUCGUCCAACAGCGCCGAGAGCUCGGCGGGAUUGGCCAGUGCGGCGCCCAGUUACCAGCAGCAGCACACGAAGCCAUCGCCGCUGAGAGCCUCCUCCAGCAGCUGGCAGCUUAGCAAUGCAGCAUUCAAAUCGCGCCUGCAACAGCAACAGCUACUGCAGCAACACCAGCAACAGAUACAGCAGCAACACGAGCAGCAACAGCAACAGCAGCAGCAACUGCAGCAAUCGGAGGACUUAUCCCAGCAGGAAGUGCAGACAAAUAAGGAGCAAAAGCAGGCGGUGGGGCAAAAGACCAAACUAAAGUCAGCGAACAUCAAGAAGAAAAUCAGUCCAAAGAGUGAAAGUAGAAUAUUCAAAGCUUUCACCUCCUGCAAGUGCACCCAAAAGUAGGAGAAGCAUCGAGUGCGAGUGUACAAAUGACAAAACAAUAAUAAGCGUAAAAUAAUACGAAAUUAAAUAUUUUUUGAUGCAUUUUCAAGGUAGAAAAUAUGAAACAAAAAAAUAAUGCUACAACAAUAACAGGUAAAAAACAAUCAAGUUCCUGUGCAUUUUAAAGUGUGAAGAAAACUCAUACAAAUUUUUAAUGGCUGCAAGUUUUCAGGAGUAAUUCACUU